AUGGUCAACGCGCACAAGAUCGCAUGCAUUCCCGGAGAUGGUAUCGGCAUAGAAGUUAUCGAGGCAAGCAUCAAGGUGCUUGAGGUGAUGCAGCCGCUGUUCGGUUUCAAGUUCGAGUACACAGACUUGCCUUGGAGCUCAGCCUAUUACAAGAAGAAUGGGAGAUACAUGCCACCUGAUGCUUUGGAGAUAUUGAAGGCGCAUGAUGCGAUCUUCUUUGGUGCUGUUGGUGCUCCUGACAUCCCCGAUCAUAUCAGCUUGUGGGAGUUACUGCUACCAAUUCGCCAGGGACUGCAGCUGGGCUCAAACGUUCGCCCUUCCAAGAUCUUCAAAGGUGUGAAGCCCCCUCUGGCCAACUGUGAAGUGGGAGACCUUAACUGGCUCAUCCUGCGUGAGAACUGCGAGGGCGAGUACUGCGGACAGGGCGGGCGCUCGCACACUGGCACACCGUAUGCGCUAGGCACGGAACUGGCAGUGUUCACCAGGUUUGGUAUUGAGAGACACAUGAGGUUCGCGUUUGAGCUUGCGAGGCAGAGGCCGAGGAAGAUGUUGACGCUCGUGACGAAGAGCAAUGCUAUGAGGCACGGCAUGGUCCUUUGGGACGAGGUGUUUUACGACGUGGCUAAAGACUUCCCUGACGUCAAGUGGGACAAGAUGCUUGUCGAUGCGGUGACGAUCCGAAUGGUGCAGAAGCCGAAGUCGUUGGACGUCAUCCUCUGCACCAACCUGCACGGUGAUAUUCUUUCAGACCUUGCGGCUGCACUCAGCGGGUCGAUCGGGAUCGCUCCCAGUGCGAACGUUGAUCCCGAGAGGAAAGCGCCCGGCCUGUUUGAGCCUGUGCAUGGAGCUGCGUUCGAUAUUAUGGGGAAGGGCAUCGCAAACCCCAUUGCGACCUUCUGGUCUGCUGCUGAGAUGCUUCGCUGGCUGGGUGAGGAGAAGGCGGCCGAUGGCCUCAUGUCGGCCAUCGAGCAUGUCCUCGAGCAUGGUCCACUCACGGGAGAUCUUGGUGGCAAGGCGAACACUGAACAGGUCACUCAAGCGAUCAUCAGCGCGCUGAAGCAGUAGGUUGCCCCUUGCUCAAAUUUGUAGACACGAAUGAGGGCAUUGUGGAGAAAUAGUUGAUUGUACGUAACAAAAUAAGGAAAAGGAAUUAAUGUUCGCUAA